AUGGAGGUUGAAGUUGGAGACCGAACUCAUGGUGUGGCUUCAACAUCAUCAAAUCAGAGAUCGCGUUUUCCACCGGGCUACCGUUUUAUGCCGACCGAUCAAGAACUCAUUGUUGACUACUUAGCCAAAAAAGUCAACAAUGAGCCAAUUCCAGUUGCUGAGAUGAAUGAGGUCAUUCUUUACGACUCUCCACCCUAUCUCCUCGCCGAAAAUUACCCUCAACUUGGAGAUAAAGAAUGGUACUUCUUCACUCCACGCGACCGUAAAUAUCCAAACGGGAACCGACCAAGUCGAUCAGUUGAAGAGGUAGGCUACUGGAAGGCUACAGGAGCCGAUCGAGCAAUUUUCUCAGCCAAUGGCGAAAUAAUCGGGAGGAAAAAGGCUCUUUUGGAUGAUUGGGUCCUAUGCCGGAUUUACCAAAAGCCCAAACGGUCGAAGAAGAAACAAACGGAUGCGGAUGAUCGUGUUGCGGACGAGGAGGACUUAGAGAGCCCGUUUUUCUCCGAGAACAACGAAAUCAAAGAAAUCGAGGCCCACGAAACCAAUGAGUUGGUCAUCAUGGACCAAGUGACUUUGAAUGCUAUUCAAGACAAUAGUUCGAUUUUGAUGAACAAUAGUUUUAUCAGAAACGUUGAUGGAUACCAUCAUCAUUACCAUCAUCAAGCUCCGGAUAACAUAUACAUUAAUAACCCAUACACCAUAUUUGACCACGGUGUAGCUAAUCCCAUUACAGCUGAUCCCAUUGCCGGUCACGUGAGUUUGUAUGGUCAACAUGGCAGUUUAGUCAACCAUGGAAUGUUUUACGCUCCACAGUUUGUGGCAAACCAACAGCCGAAUAUUGUGGGAAAUGAUUCAAUGGGAAUAUUGUUGUUUAAUCAAUAUCGGACUAAUAGCUAUGAUUCGCUUGACGACUAUUCCUCAGAUGUCAAUGUCGACAUAAAAUUUGCCGAUGGAUGUAUAAAUGGUGAUGAGGGGCACGCUCCUUAUGAUGGUGGGGUCCAAAAGCCGGAUUGCUAA